AUGAGAGCCAAUCUGGUCUGUCUCUGGGCUUUUAUAGCAGCACGAAAUUCUAUCGCUGUAAACUCGAUAGACGACGAGCUUGUCAUACCUAAUGAAACUGAAUCAGCGGGCAGUGCCGAUCAGACAUGCUCGAUUUUGAAAAGCUCUAACAGCCCCGAAAAUAAUACAUACACGGUUGGAAAGAAGGAAAGAGAGGAACCAGAAAUUGUUGAGGAACUGGAGAUCGGGCUUGAUGGGGAUACUAAGAUUAAUGCUGUUUUGUUUAGCAACGAAACCAUCAUAAAAUAUCCUUUCGGCGAAGAGUUGACCUUGAAACCUCUGCCACGGAACUUCAUGUUGGCUUCCUUUGCAUUUGAAUUGCAAUCGAACAACUUCACGGUUGGAAAAACAGAGUCAGCUUACGAUACUUACCGUCACUACACUGUGUUCCCCAAAGCACUGAGCCCCAUUCUUGAAUAUACUCAAACUCGACAGCUGCACCUGCGUUUCACGCAUGGACGAUGGGACGCAGAGUCCUGGGGUCAGCUCCCUCACAAUGGUACUAAGUCUGGCGGAAACGGAGUGGAACUAUGGGCCGUCGUCGAGGCUGGCAGCCAGCAUGAAGCUUUCGAAAAUUGGAUCAUGCUGGCCAACUCGUUAAGUGGACUGUUUUGCUCGUCCAUCAACUUCAUUGAUGUUGAAAAGACAACGUAUCCCGUCUCCUCGUUCCAGCCGGCUGAAGAACGAACCAUACCGAUCUUCAACUCUUCAAAUCAAGCAUACCUCCUACGCGCAGCUUUGGCUAACGAGCCGAUAUGUACGGAGAAUCUAACACCAUUUUUGAAGCUUCUACCAACCAGGGGCAGAAGUGGAAUUUCAUCAUUGUUAGACGGUCACAAGGUUUUCGAUUCGAAUUGGCACAGCUUGUCCAUCGAUGUUGAGACCUCUUGCAACGGUGACACAUGUCAGUACCAAAUGGAGGAGAACAUUGAGAUGGUUUUUAACGUUCCAAACUCUCUAGCGCGAGCUGAUAACCCAAUUCCCAAGCCUGUGCGCGAUUCUGAUCUGCAAUGUGAUGAAAGUAAACCGCAUGAUAGUUGGGAGUGUUUUCCUCUGCCGCAGAGUAAGCACACCAAUUUCCAGCUGUCAAAGCUUUUCGGAAAGAAAAUACUGGGGUCCAAUCUGAUAUCAGAAAAUCCGUCUAAAGUUUGCGCCCAGGUCAGCGAUAGCUGGACGGUCUACGUUGGUAUUGAUGAUGAUCUGUUUGCUACUGAUGACAACUGUUUCACAAUUAAAAAUGAUCAACUUCACGACAUACAUCUAAAGUCUGACAAUACAGCACAUUUGAAGGAGUGUGAAGACGUGCCACUUUUUGUUAGUAGAUCCCUUACGGGCUAUGGGCAGGACAGUGGAGGUCUUCGCACGGUCUUCAGUAAUCCAAGCAAUGAAAGCGUACAAGCCAUAUAUUUUGAGUCUCUUCCAUGGUACAUGAGAUUAUACUUAUCUUCUCUAAAGAUAGAGAGCGAUGCUGGGCUCGAAAUUGGCGAUGUGAUUAAGAGUACUUUCUACCUCCCGGCAAUUGACAGAGAAAGACCAACACAUUUGGAAUUCAACAUCACUAUACCAGCUGAGACCACACUUGCACUAACUUACCAGUUCGACAAAGCCUUGCUGAAAUAUGCCGAGUAUCCACCUGAUGCUAAUCACGGAUUUGAGAUCGAAUCAGCCUUGGUUACGGUGUUAACUCCCAUUCACUACGAGAUGAGAACCACGACUCUGCUGCUAUCUUUGUCCACUCCGGAUUUCAGUAUGCCUUACAAUGUCAUCAUUUUGACCUCGACUGUUAUGGGCUUGGCAUUCGGCACUUUGUUUAAUUUGAUGGUUAAGAAAUUGGUAACCAUCGAAGAGGCCGAUAAGAAAGCUUCUGCUAAGGUCGGAUUGAAGGCCAAAUUGAUAGCAAAGCUAAAAAAACUGAAAGGAAAAGGAGACAAGGUAAAUCAACUGAAAAAGGACCAGUAG